AAACUUUAUCAAGUUCAAAUACAACAAUAAUCGAAGAUACAAACACAAUUCAAGAUAUUGAAGUAAGUGAUCAAGAGCAUUGGGAAAGAGUAAUAGAAAAUUGGUUUGAAAUGUUAGAAACAGAAAAUUAUUUACCAGAAAGUGAAAUCGUUGAAAAUUUUGAGUUUGAAUUUGGUGGUCAUGAUAUUCAUCCAGCUGAUGAUUCUUUAGCAAAAUGGGAAUUGUUUAAUUUGUUUAAUAAUUCACUUGAAGCUCCUGUAUUUAUUGAUUCGAUGAUAAAUUUUCAAUAA